CCUUGGGGUUUGUUCCUCGUAACACUUGUUCGUAAAAAAUAAAUUAAUGGCAGUCUGUGUGCUUGUGAUUGGCAGUGGGGGAAGGGAACAUACACUGGCUUGGAAACUUGCUCAGUCUCAACAUGUCAGACAUGUGAUAGUUGCCCCAGGAAAUGCAGGAACAGCCAACAAUGAGAAAAUUUCAAAUUCAGCUGUGUCAGUCACUGAUUAUACUUUGCUUGCUCAGUUCUGCAAAGAUCAGAAGAUUGAACUUGUAGUUGUUGGACCAGAGGCUCCUCUUGCUGCUGGAAUUGUUGAGAACCUGACAUCUGCAGGAGUGAAAUGUUUUGGACCCACAGCAGAGGCAGCUCAGUUAGAGUCCAGCAAAAAAUUUGCCAAAGAGUUUAUGGACCGACAUGAAAUCCUUACUGCAAAGUGGAAGGCUUUCACCACACCUGAAGAAGCCUUCAACUUCAUCAUGAGUGCAGACUUUCCUGCUCUAGUUAUAAAGGCCAGUGGUCUGGCUGCUGGAAAAGGUGUGAUUGUGGCUAGUAACAAAGAAGAGGCUUGCAAAGCAAUUCAAGAGAUAAUGCAGGAUAAAGAUUUUGGAGCUACUGGUGAUACUGUUGUAAUUGAAGAAGUUCUCGAAGGAGAAGAGGUGUCUUGUUUGUGUUUCACUGAUGGUAAGACUGUGGCGCUUAUGCCGCCAGCCCAGGACCAUAAGCGAUUAUUGGAUGGAGACCAUGGCCCCAAUACGGGAGGAAUGGGAGCUUAUUAUCCAACACCACAGGUUCCUAUGGAUCUGUUAUUGAAAAUUAAAAAUACCAUUCUUCAGAGAACAGUAGAUGGCAUGCGGCAAGAAGGCAUUCCAUAUAUAGGAAUAUUGUAUGCUGGUAUAAUGCUUACCAAGAAUGGCCCAAAAGUUCUGGAGUUUAAUUGAAGAUUUGGGGAUCCAGAAUGUCAGGUAAUUCUUCCACUUCUUAAAAGUGAUUUUUAUGAAGUAAUCCAAUCAAUUUUAGAUGGUCAGCUUUCUAAUUCUCUGCCAGUAUGGCUUGAAGACAGCACUGCUGUAACUGUUGUCAUGGCAAGUAAAGGCUAUCCAGCAAACUACAUCAAAGGCAUAGAGAUAACAGGAAUUCCUGAGGCUAAAGCUUUAGGCCUCGAGGUGUUUCAAGCAGGCACAGCUCUGAAAGAGGAUAAAAUAGUAACGAAUGGUGGUAGAGUUCUUACAGUAACAGCCAUCCAGAGAGAUCUGAUGUCUGCUCUUGAAGAAGCCAACAAAGGAAUAACUAUUAUAAAAUUUGAAGGAGCCAUUUAUAGAAAGGACAUUGUAUAUAGAGCUAUCUCUUUCCUGAAAAGGCCCAGGUAAAAUAAUUUUUAGAGAAAUUAAAGUCAUUAUUAGCUCAGACCUAACCUGCAUUGAUUAAUCCUGUACUUGUUGAUACAAAAUGAAAUGUAGUGUUGUUCCCUUAAACUAACCUAGACCACAUUUUUAAGAUUUUUCUAUACUGCUGGGGAAUUAAAUAUUACAAGUGGCUUUGAAUCAAAUACAGCAGCAUUCUAACUAAAGUGAAAAAAAUUUCUUGGUAACUUCCUCUGUUAGGAAAAUAUUUAAGGAUUAAAAAAUAAUGCUAAUGUAUUAUAAUUUUAUGCUAUCAUUAUGCUUUUUAUAAUUAUAUAUGAUUUUGAUUAUGUGCAUUUGCCUUAUUGAGGGGCAUAUUCAUUGUAUUUUUAAAAUACCAGUUUACUAUUAUGUCCGUUGUAUCUGCAGUUAAUGGUUAAGGAAAAUUUCCUUUGAUCAUCAUCAUGUGCAAUGAUAAUCUUGUGAAAACAAUAAACUACAUUAAAAAAAUAUUAGAGGGCAGCAAACCUGACCACUCAGUGGCAAAUUCUGUGACUACAGCAGCUCCAGUGUAUCGUAUGCCAUCUCUCAUAAAAGAAAAACCAUCAGUAAAUAAGACCAGAUCUGAGUUGUUUAAGGGAGUGUCCAAGAGAUCAUCUCAAGGCUUAACUGCCAUGGACACUAGUGUUUCACAAUUUUGUAAUGGUUCUCUUGAAGUUGGUAAAUCUGGAAGCAAGGUGGCAGGGUUACGAGUUGAACAGUGCUUCAAGGUAAAGUUUUCAUUGUUUAACAAGGUUAUUUCAUACCUUGUAAUUCUCUGAUCAGAAAAUACCUGUGUUUUGUGUCUUAGCAACAAUGCUUCUACCUCAUGUGGGCACAUAAUUGUCAAUGGGCAUCCCAAUACUAGAUCAACAGUUUUUGUCACUAGUAAGGCUGUAGCAGCUACUCCUCUAAGACAUGGUGGUGCUCCUGAUGCUACUGGGUCCAGUUGGGCAGACUAAUAGGCAAUUGGACACUGAGAAGGUCCCAAAGUCUGAGUUAAAACACCUGAAGCUACCCCUCUUUGCUCAUGUACAUACAAAAUAAAUGGCUUGUUGUAAUCUGGGAUGCCUAGAGCGGGGGCAGACAGGAUAGCCUUUUUUAGAUCUGAUAGAGCUGACAGGUGUCCUGGUUCUAAUUUGAGGGGUUCAGGGACCAAAUCCCUUGUUAGUGCUAUAAGAGGUUUAGUAAUUUCCCCAUAGCAAGGAAUCCAUUGUCUACAAAACCCUGUUGCUCCCAAAAUUGCUCUCAACUAUUUCUUAGUAGUAGGAGCACUUAAAUUUUGAAUAUUCUCGAUUCGUUUGGAAGAAAUCAAGCGGGCACCUGCAGACAGGAUGAACGCCAAAUAUUCUACUUUAGGGAGGCACCACUGAACAUUAUCCUUCGAGAUCUUAUGACCUAUUUUGUGCAAUUCCAAAAAAAGGUGCUUGCUAUCUUCCUGACAUGUUUCCACAUCUGUUGAGACCAAGAGUAGGUCAUCUACGUACUUGAUUAAUUUGGUGUUUUUAAAUUUUAUAUUAUCUGUAUCUUGGUUCAAAAUUUGCUCAAAUAAGCUCAGGCUGUCUAUGAAACCUUAUGGCAAAUGACUCCAGCAGUAAUGACGGCUCUGCCAGGUGAAAGUAAAGAUAUGUCUCGAGUUCUCAUGUAUGGGUAUGGAAAAGAAGGCUGAGCACAAGACUACUAAUGUAAAGUAUGUAGCUGUGCUAGGAAUAGAAGAAACAAUAGUAUUGAUAUUGGAGACUACAGAGUGUCUCUUUAUAACGUGAUUGUUCACAGCCCUCAAAUUUUGCUCAAAUCUAUAGAGGUGUUUGCCAUCAGGCCCUCUUUUUGUUUUUUUAACAGGCAGGAUGGGCAUGUUGUAUUCAGAUUUACAAGGGAUUAUUAUUCCCUGUGCAAUUAAUGAGUUAAUUACUGGGGUAAUUCCCUCAAUUGCCUCUUUUGAGAGAGGAUACUGAGGAAUGGAAGGAGGUG